AUGGGAACUAGUGGCUUUGGUUCAGUUUAUAAGGGCAGGUUAGUGGACGGUCAAGAAACUGUUGUGAAGAGAUUGGCAAAGAAGUCAAGCCAAGGUAAGAGUGAGUUCCUCGACGAGGUUUCAGCUAUAUCACUACUCGUUGGCCUGGUGUACAUGAGAAUUUUCCUAAAAGAGAAGCUACACGAUGAUGAUGAUGAUGGCGAGGAAGACAUUUAUGGUGAUGGUGGUGAUCUAAGGACUGUUAGAUCUGAGAUAGCAUGCAUGAUGAUGACGGGGUAUCAAAGAUACCUUAUCUUCCGGUUAGCCCCGGGAGGAACGCACCAAGGUGGUGCAAAGUGGACUCAUCCUAAGAACUACCACACUGCCUAUUCCGAGUUUGGAGUGCCUUCCGACUAA